ACUCUUCCUCCCAAAAAGCAUCUUCACAAUUUAGGUUCUUAAUCCCUAAGUGAUAAUGAACCCUCUUCUUGAUAACGAUCAAGUUCAACAUAAUCUUGAGAAAUGGCCAAGUCCUAACGAGGCGUUUGCAGAAAUGAAGGCCAUAUGGAAAAUAUCAGGCCCAACAGCCAUAACGGGCUUGCUUAUGUAUUCAAGAUCAAUGAUCUCGAUGCUAUUCCUCGGCUACCUCGGUGAUGCCGAGUUAGCCGGGGGUUCCCUCUCCAUUGGGUUCGCCAACAUAACCGGCUACUCUGUCAUCUCCGGUUUAGCCAUCGGAAUGGAACCGCUUUGUGGACAAGCUUACGGCGCCAAACAGUUGAAGAUUCUGGGACUCACCCUUCAAAGAACCGUCCUCCUCUUACUGGCGGCCACCGUGCCCAUCAGCGUGGCAUGGCUCAACAUGGAGAACAUACUCUUAUGGUGUGGACAAGACCACCAAAUCUCGUCCACAGCUCAAAUUUUCAUCCUCUUUUCUAUCCCUGAUUUGUUCUUUCUUUCCCUCCUUCACCCUCUAAGAAUCUAUCUCAGAGCACAGAGCAUUACGCUUCCGAUAACGUUUUGCUCCGCCAUCUCCGUUCUCCUCCACGUUCCGCUGAACUUCCUCCUUGUUGUCCAUUUUAAGAUGGGUGUUGCCGGGGUGGCCGUUGCAAUGGUGUGCUUCAACUUCAAUCUCUUCGUCUUCCUCUCCUCGUUCGUCUACUUCUCCGGCAUCUAUAAAGAUUCCUGGGUUUCUCCGAGCAUUGACUGCUUCAAAGGAUGGUCAUCGCUUCUUGCAUUGGCUGUGCCGUCCUGCGUCUCCGUUUGCCUAGAGUGGUGGUGGUACGAAUUUAUGAUAAUGCUUUGUGGACUGUUGGUGAAUCCAAAAGCAACCGUUGCAUCAAUGGGAAUCUUAAUCCAAACAACAUCUUUGGUCUACGUGUUCCCAUCGUCUCUUAGCCUUGGCGUCUCCACCAGGGUGGGAAAUGAGUUGGGAGCCAAUAGGCCCGCCAAGGCCCGCAUUUGCAUGAUAGUUUCACUUUUUUGUGCAAUGGGCUUGGGCAUCACGGCGAUGAUCUUCACCACCUUGAUGAGGCACCAAUGGGGAAGGUUCUUCACCAAUGACCAAGAAAUUCUAAACCUUACGGCCAUAGCAUUGCCAAUUGUCGGGCUUUGCGAGCUCGGCAACUGUCCACAAACUACAGGUUGCGGGGUUCUGCGGGGCUGUGCAAGGCCCACCAUUGGAGCUAACAUAAAUUUGAGUUCGUUUUAUUUGGUGGGUAUGCCGGUCGCGGUAGUACUUGGAUUUGUGAGUAAGAUGGGAUUUGUUGGGCUUUGGUUUGGGUUGCUUGCGGCCCAAGCAACAUGUGCGGGCCUCAUGUUGUUUGUUCUAUGCAAGACUGAUUGGAAUGCUGAAGCACAAAAAGCAAAGGAACUAACCAAUGCUGCUUCUUCUUCUGUUAAUAAUUCCAAAACGAAAGGAGAGGGUAACAAGAACAUCAAUGAUCAUCAUCAUAAUCAUCUCGAGAAGAUUGUGAUCGCCGUAGAGAAUGAUGAACUUGGCAAGAUCACAGAUCAAUCAUCAUCACUUGAAACCGACCCACUGAUCACACUUACUACCAAUAAUAAACAGUGUAAAUUAAUUAAUUAUUGUUGAAUUAAUUAACUAUCUAACUAGCUUUUUAAUUAGGUAAAAACUCAGGUGCAGUCGACUUCACGUGAAGUUGAUAAUUGAGAGUCGUCAGAUAAUUUGAAUAAUUUGACUAAAUUUUCAUUUAAUAACUCUCAACUAUCAACUUCAUGUAAAAUCAACUGCACGUGAAUUUUCACCUCUUAAUUAUAUGAUCACUUGUUUCCUUG